CUUUGACGAGAUAUGGCGAGAAGUUGGAAACCACAGAUAGUGCUGUUGGGAAUGUCAUGUUGAGAUGGACUAACCAUGCCCUAGUCAAAAGUCAGCUAGCCUCUUUCCUGCCUUCUGAUCUGUGACCUCUAACCUUUAAGAAGAAUGGAUGGUGAGAACCACUCCAACAGGAAUGAUGUUUGGACACCGCCCGAGUCAACGCAGGGGCCACGUUACCCACAGGAUGUGGGCGUGGCCUUUACCUCUGGAGCAGCGUCCUAUGCUGCGUCAGCAUCAUCAGCCUACGCCUCGUCAUCAGCUACGUCAACACGAGUCUCUGCUCCAAAUUACUCCCGUCUACAAUAUGGAGCACCAUACUCACAAAGCAGGGUGCCAUUCCCCGAUGCAUACAUUUCGGCCUCAGACCCCCAGUCCUACCAGGCGCCCCAGUCAUCAUAUGAGCGAAUCUCUCCAGUGAAUGAGUACCGGGAAACACGAGAGGUUCCCACAGGCAGUGAUCCCAUUUCUUCAUACUCCGGGAUGCAGGCAGAGGUAUCCGGGAUGUUGGCAGCGCCAUCUGUUGACAGCAGUACACUUGGUCCAGGUUAUGUUUCCCAUGUUGUCAUGAAUUCCGACCAUCAGCGUGUGAUGGCAGUACAGAGAGUUAUCUCCCCUGUUGACUGUACAGUCAGCCAAUCGGCGAUCAGUAUGGCUAACCCAGACCAGCAGCAUCAACAGCAGACGCACACCAUUCUGGCACCGGUGACAAGUGUCCCGCGCUAUCCUGUAGGUCAUGUGACCUCCAUGUCAUCAUACUCUCACAGUGAGGCUGUGUCCAGUACAGGAGGAGCAGCACUCAUUUCUCAUGGACACAACGGUCACAUGGUCGAGAGGGAACAAGAUAACGGUAUCUCCUCCAUCACGGGGCCGCCGACACAGGAACGCCGUAUGAUACCAUCCACCCCACGAAAGCAGACGACACACGAGACAAUCAGUGGAGAGCCGGAUACUACUCAGGACGAUGGCGAGGAAUUCCAAGCUGUAAGGAAUUACAUGGUGGAUACAUCUCCAAAUCUGGAUGAUGCAGAACUCCACUCAACUAUGAACCCGUCCCAUCAUCCGACCUCUGACCUUAUGGAUCACAAUCAUCAAAUCAACUCCUCACACUUGUCCAGCAGCCUUCACCAUACCAUGGCAAGGAUGGACAAUGUUCAGGACCGAGCUAUCGUUGACAGCUCUGGCAUAGGUUCAUCAUCCAUAGUGGAAGGACCAUCUAGUAUGAUGAGCGUAGCCACUCUACAGAGACUUGGGACGUCCCUCGUCCCUAACAUCGACCCGGAAAAGGAUAUUUCUGACCUGGAAAUUAUGCCAGCACCCAGUAGUUCUCAGAUACAGGUCAGAAAGUCUACCCGGAUAGCAGAGCUGGAGAAUGAAACUACACACUGGCACCAUAGACCUACUUACAACCCGAAACCCUACAACCCUAACAGUUUAUGGUGUGAGGAGUGCAUGACGACAUAUGAACAAUCGUGUCCCGUACACAGACUACAGGUCAUACCAGACAAGGUGGUCCUGUCCCGAGCUUGGGCUAGUCUUCCUCCCAUGUUACAGAUAUUUAGACUCAGUGAAGUCAGUCAGUAUCCCCCAGAUCCGCCCCACGUCGGUGUGUUUGCAAAGCGUCCACUGACCAAACUAACUCAAUUUGGUCCCUACAUCGGAGAUCUGGUUUCCAACAGGGAGAAUGUAGGCUCAGCCCGAUUUCUUCUACUGCUGGAGAAGUCAAGUGGAGACAUCAUGUAUUUUGAGACGAGUGACGAGAAUAAAUGCAAUUGGAUGAUGUUUGUGAGACCGGCCGAGAGCUACGCAGAACAAAACAUGGUUGCCUAUCAGUAUGGCCAAGACAUCUAUUUUUCCGUCACUAAAAAUAUAGAGGCUCGUGGGGAGCUCAAGGUGUGGUACGCCUCUCACUAUGCCGAGAGGUUCGGACUACAGACCCUUGAGAUAACAGACCAGGAUUUACAAACUCUGGACCAACAGGAGUAUAAGUUCCAGUGCUAUGAAUGCUCCAAACGAUUCAAAACAUCCUUGGCUCUUCAGCGUCAUAUCAUCAUAACACAUGAGUCAGCUGGGGCGACAGAGGAAGUUGUAGAACCAAGCACCAGUGAUGCUGCCAAAGGGAAAUCUUACGCCUCUUUUUCCCAAGGAUACCUAAAGAGGAGGGGCCGACCUCCGAAAAAGGACUUAGAUACAACUGGCUAUAUGUGGAAGAAAAAGUCUACGAGUAUUUACUUAAACAAAACUUUGAAGAAGUACCAACGCAGACACGACCCGGAAGCAAUUCGGCGUACAAUUCAGUCAUUGUAUCGUAAGAAAGGCAAAGAGUCUGGCGGACAGGAGUGGGUUUGCGUACACUGUGAUCUGACGUUCGACAACUCAAAUCUCCUUAAUCUCCACACACUCACCCACGCAGCUGAAGAUGUGGGCUUAGAUGAAGUGAGAAAGUUUGCCUAUGGUGUGACCGACAACGGUUCUGUCUCGGAUGGUGUUGGGCUCGAUGACAACGUCGUCAGUAUUGACUCCAGCACACUCGCAUGCCCUGUGUGUCAUGCGCAGUUUGUGGAACAGAGAGCUCUUAUUGAACAUGCUGCUGAACAUGGUACAACAAAACGUAGAAGUGACCGAGAUCGACCACAUAAAUGUGACAAAUGCUGGAAAGCCUUCCACACACAGGAAACACUACAGCGUCAUAUGUUGUGUCAUGGAGAUGAGGAUUCAAAACCGCUCCAGUGUGAUGUGUGUUUCAAGCGCUUCAUGAACAAUUCGGCACUUUCCUGUCACUUGAAGACUCACAGCGACAAGAAAUAUUACGAGUGUCCAAUCUGUCACCAAGGGUUCGAUCACACUGCCACGAUGAAGGAACACGUCGUAGAACAUGCACAGGAUGGCGUGUACACAUGCCCCGAAUGUCAUAAACAAUUCACUGACUUCAUAUCUCUUCGGAAACACAUCAGGGGCUUCCACACGAAUAAAGAAUUUCCGUGUCCCCACUGUGACAAGGUCUUCCCACGACCUGACAAACUCAAACUCCACAUGCUUCGUCACUCCACACACCGCGAGUUCAUGUGCGAGACAUGUGGUCGGCAGUUUAAGAGGAAAGACAAACUUAAAGAACACAUUAGACGCAUGCAUUCACUGGAGCGCGAAGUGAAAAUGGCAGGAAAAAACAGGUCCUCAAAGAAGAAAUUUAUCCCGAAGGUCUCUCCUUCGGAUUAUCACCGGUUUAUAUAUAAGUGUCAUACCUGUAUGCAUGGGUUUAAACGCCGAGGUAUGUUGGUCAAUCACUUAGCUAAGCGUCACCCAGAUGUCAAACCGGAGACAGUGCCAGAGUUAAACUUGCCGAUCCUGAAAACACAGAAGGACUACUAUUGCCAGUAUUGUGAAAAGGUGUACAAGUCCAGUUCCAAACGUAAGGCUCACAUCAUCAAGAACCAUCCUGGAGCAGACCUUCCAAUGAGCAGUAGGAAGAAGUCCAUGGUUCCGGAGUUCCCCGGAUUGCCCAAUCCUACAUAUUCGCAGACUGUAGGUAGUAUCACUACCAUGCCCCAUUCGUGUGAGUUCUGUCACAAACAGUACGCCAGUAAAGCCAAGCUGACCCAGCAUCAGAGGAAGAAGCACCCAUUUGCUGUUCCUCCUCUUCCUCCGAAGUUAGGUAAGGAUGGUCAGCCAGCUCAGCCCGACCAGCAGCCUACCCAGGACGGGAUGAUUACACAGGUGGUCAGGUACGAUCAGGAUACAGUUAUAGCUAUACAGCCACAUCCUGGUCAAGACGGUCAGCCUGCUGACCUCCUGACCCAGGCCAUGAGUGAGCUGACCCAGUCCCUUCAACAGGAAUACCGUCAGAUGGGAGAGAUCCAGCUACAGCGAGUUGGUACCGGUACACCUACAAUGGUGACCGUACAGACUACACCCCUGCAACAUUCAACUAUUGAGCUGAGCCAUCUCAGUCAGGCCCUGCCACAAGGCCUCACGUUGGCUGGGCCCAUACAGAUGGCUGUUGCCACACAGAGUAUUCCUGCCGCUCCCUCCGAGAGUGACAUCUCGACGGCCCAGGUACUUACAUCCCAAAACGUAGCCGUCUCCCAACAACAGCAGCAACAGCAGCAGCAACAACAGCAGCAGCAACAACAACAACAACAACAACAGGUCAUUAAUGCACCACAGACCAUUGUGGUCAGCGGAGCCCAAGGGCAGGCUAUCCCUGUUUCCUUGGCAACAGGGUUUAUUCAGAGAGCAUGGACAAACUUUAAUUAAUGUUGCCUAGUGUUGAGUGCUAUAAUUACAAUCAAGCUUCAGGACAUUGUAGCUGGUAUUCCCAAAAGGGAAGAGAUUGAACACAAUCUGAUGAAUCAAUGUGUUCCAGAAUGGAGAUUGGUCAUCAGUGGACAUAUAAUGUUUACUUUUCUACUGGUUUGGUCAAGUUCAAGUCGCUUGCCAAAUAGGCUAGACAACCAACCAGGGUUGUCAUUUCGGAACAAUGAAGUUCAUUUUUUUUUUUUUUUUUUUUGUGGUUAACUUAACUCAUAUCAAUUAUAUUUUGUGAAAAUCUGAUAGCUAUUGGUAGUAAAUGUACUUGUUCUACUUAUAUGAAAAAAUACUGCUGACACCACAGAUUGACUCAGAAAUUGUGUAUUGGGUAGGAAAGGGAGAGAGCCCAGAUAAGGGAUGACAAAUUUGAUAACUCCGAAUGCUUUUUUGAAAGGAAGGUAUAACCCCAGAUUUAUUUCAGAAAGCUCGAUAGUUUUGACAGGGAAGGGUUGUGACCUAGAUUCAUCCCAGAUAAAGGAUGAAAAGGGAGAUAAUCGAUUUGGAUGGAAUGGGGAUAACCCAGAUGUAGGAUUUUAAGGGAGAUAACCCGGAUGUUGAAUGAGAAGGGGAGAUAGCUCUGAUUUGGGUUGACUUAUUUAUUUAUACCCGAUGGAAUUUUAUCUGUUAAGAUAUAGAUAAGUUCAAAGGAAUUGUAUUGUUUCUUAAAUUGAAUGAAAAUGUUGAUUUUCUUCAUCUAUUACACUAAUAUCUGGUGAAUUUAAAUUUUACCGCAAAAUUUCAUAUUUUUAUUUCUAUAGAGAAGGCACUGUAAGUCCUAAAUAUUUAUUAUUUUUGUUAAUUGACAGAAUAUUGUUAUAUUGUAGUAACUUUUUUUCAUUAUUUAAGUAUUUUUUAGUUUUUGUUGUGCGUUUUGAUGCCUGUUUGAAUGUUGUUAAAUAAGAUAUGAAAUUAUCUUCACAUUUCCUUCGCCUCCACUUCUUAUCAUCAAAAUGUCAAAAUGUUUAAGAUAUGUUAAUUGUUACGGUCAUUGCUUCAUGAAGUAAUGUUUUUACACUAAUGAUAUUAAACAAUUUUCUAACCAGCUCGCUACAUAACGUAUGUGAUAACUACAUUCUGUAUACAUUCUUGACAUGAUACAUUCAAAAUGAGUAAAUUUAAUACAGAUUAUCAGAGUCUUGUUUUGAAAGCUGAUCAAUUAAACCAAAAUCAUUUUCCCUUUUCUUUUCGAUUUGUAUGAAAUAUGAUAUUAGGGAAAGAAGUGAAAUGACCAGCUCUGUUCAAAAAUUAUUUACAUUAUGAAAAUUAGUAGUUAACUUAUUUCAUCUCUCAAAAGGAGACAGGGUUAGGGUGACAUAGGGUAAUUUGAAACUAAGGGUACUACCUGGAUAAGUCAUUAUAAAGAAGACGGCGGUAUUUCUAAAGCUGUCGGAAUGUUCCAGCAAAAUGUUUUCAAUCGCAACAGCCUAGCAGGAUCCACCAAGAAUUCCAUUCCGAGUCUUGGCGAAAUUUAAAGACGUUGUGCCAUUUUAUAUAUUAAUUAGAUGUAAUAUAUUUUGUACAACUGAUCAUUGAUAUGGUACAUGUUGUGUCUGGAGUGAAGGAGCCACAUCAAUUAACACAUGUUUGUUCUCAGUGCUCCAGUCUUAGGAAGACGGUGCAUAUAUUCCGUUAUAUUUUUAUUUUCAUGUUAAGAAUGGUUUGAAAUACUCAAAUAUAAUUUCUGUCUUUAAAGGGGCAUUCCUUCAUUUGAAUCAAGUUUAGGUCGUCAAAAUUCAAUUUGCUGGAAAAUAUUAUUUUUUUCAAGUAGUAAAAUUUUCAAUUUUUACAUUAAUACGGCAGUUUUACUCUCAAGCUAAACCUCCAGAAAAAUCUUAAUUCGACCCGAAGUAUCACUUGUUUCUACGAUAUGUCUUUUCCUUGUACAUUUCGGCAUUAAUUUCAUUAUAUGUAGGCACAUACACUCAUUUAAUCAUCGUUCGGACAUAGAUUUGAUUAAUAGAAAGUGUGCAUGUUUCUGAUGUCCAAAUGAAGGAAUGCCUUCUAAGUGUUAUUAAUAUAUGAAACAUUGCUGUUUUGGAUAAACAAUUUUAACUGAAGGUCAUGAUCAAUGUUCAUUGUCAAUGUCACGGUCAUCUGAUCUUGACAUUGACAUCACUUACCAUAUAUGCAAUUUGCUCGCUUAUUUCUUUAUUGAUCUGGCCUUAAUAUUUCUAUUACAGUUCCCUCUGAGACAAUGACAGAGUUUAAACAUGAUAAUUAGGAAAGCCUUUGAGACAAUGACAGAGUUUAAAAUUGAUAAUUAGGAAAGCCUUUGAGAGAAUGACAGAGUUUAAAAUUGAUAAUUAGGAAAGCCUCUGAGACAAUGACAGAGUUUAAAAUUGAUAAUUAGGAAAGCCUCUGAGAGAAUGACAGAGUUUAAAAUUGAUAAUUAGGAAAGCCUUUGAGACAAUGACAGAGUUUAAAAUUGAUAAUUAGGAAAGCCUUUGAGACAAUGACAGAGUUUAAAAUUGAUAAUUAGGAAAGCCUUUGAGAGAAUGACAGAGUUUAAAAUUGAUAAUUAGGAAAGCCUCUGAGACAAUGACAGAGUUUAAAAUUGAUAAUUAGGAAAGCCUUUGAGAGAAUGACAGAGUUUAAAAUUGAUAAUUAGGAAAGCCUCUGAGAGAAUGACAGAGUUUAAAAUUGAUAAUUAGGAAAGCCUCUGAGAGAAUGACAGAGUUUAAAAUUGAUAAUUAGGAAAGCCUUUGAGAGAAUGACAGAGUUUAAAAUUGAUAAUUAGGAAAGCCUCUGAGAGAAUGACAGAGUUUAAAAUUGAUAAUUAGGAAAGCCUCUGAGAGAAUGACAGAGUUUAAAAUUGAUAAUUAGGAAAGCCUCUGAGAGAAUGACAGAGUUUAAAAUUGAUAAUUA